CGGCGAGUUGCAAGUUGCAACUUACAUGAUUCGACAUCGACAAAACAACGCCGUCUCCGCUGUCGAGGAUGGCCACGAUCGAUGUUAGCCGGCAGAGGAAUUCUCUGCUUGGCGAUGCGGCAACACUACGUUUUUUGCCGCAGGAGCUGCUGGUUCUCAUCCGAGACCACAGCUCAGUACAACUUUUAGAGGCGAUCGCCAAUGCAGCCCUCAUAACCCCGGCUACAGAGAGGAUAUUCGCCCACUUCGAGACGGCAUUUGCAGAUAUCUGCGCCAGAUGGAUCCUGGCCAACCCGAUACUCAGUGUCCGGGUCCUCGCAUCUUUUGCCCGGAUUCUCCCCUUCUCGCCUUCCCUGUCCGUCUUUCUCAUACACCACCUCCAAGGUGGAGGAGGGGCAGGAGUUGGACGAGGUGGAGGUGUGAAGGCACUCGACCCCCUUGAUCUGGCAUCCUUUCAUAAUGCGGACCUCGCCAUCGCCCUCCUCGCGUUAUGGAGGCUCAACAACUUUGACAAACGGACCUUCUCCCCGCUUACAAGACCAUCCCAACUCCAAUCGCUCUUCGCCCACCAGGAUCUUACAGUCAGAUACCUCGCCGUCAGAAUAUUCUGCCAGCUUCAUGAUGCCUCGGAUCAGAAGAUAGAGGCCAUGCUGGCUAAGCACAUCCCGAAGGACGCCGGUCUCGUUGCGGAUUUGGACGGGAGAAGGGCAGAUUAUGCAUUACUGACUCUGUACGAGGACGCAAGGAAUCAGGAACUUCGGCGACUUCGCAGUAGUCUUCAGGCAGAUGGGUCUGCUGAAUCUGAACCUGUUCAGCCGCGCAUCCCAAUGCAAAAUCUAACUCCUCUUGUUGUCAAAUAUGGCACGACAGUUCUCCCCAGGCCUCUGGGCCCUGUGAAUACUCCGAGCACUCUAGCAUUCACUUCUACCACCAUCGAGAAUCUUGAGCAUCUCGCCAAACUGCUGCAGCAACCGGGCCCCAUCCUGCUCCAUGGUCUGUCCGGUGCCGGUAAAACAUCACUGGUUCACGAGGUCGCGAGGGAGUUGGGGAAGCAAAGGGAGAUGGUGACGUUGCAUCUCAACGAACAGACCGAUGCUAAGAUGCUGCUCGGCUUGUACACAACUAACUCAAAGCCCGGUUCCUUCCAAUGGCGCCCCGGUGUCUUGACAACGGCGGUCAAGGAGGGGAGAUGGGUCUUGAUCGAGGAUCUUGACCGCGCCCCGACCGAGGUCAUGAGCACCUUACUGCCGCUCCUUGAGCGAGGCGACCUCUUGAUUCCUGGCCGGGGGGAGAGGAUACAGGCGUCUCCAGGGUUCCGGAUAUUUGCUACAGUUCGGACCCUGCUCGGCAUGAACGACAGAGAGAACCUGCCAAACCUGAUCGGGCUGCGCCUCUGGAAUCUCCUUCAUGUCAAGGCGCUGCCUCGCGAUGACUUGAAAGAAGUCAUCAAUGGCAGAUACCCAUUGCUGCACAAGUACACCCCCGGCGUGCUGGCUGUCUUUGAUCAGCUCCUCGCAUGUACCAGCGGGUCGACUCGUCUGUCCCUCGGCCGGACGGCCCUCGACCGGCCCAUCGGCACCAGGGACCUCUUGAAGUGGUGCAGCAGACUCGACGACAUACUGCGUGCGGCCGGGUGCAAGACCGGGGAAGAGCCCAUCACGGACACGACGAGAGAUCGAAUGUUCCUCGAGGCCGUGGACUGCUUCGUCAGCAGCAUGCAUGAGCCCUCGGCCCGCAAGAUACUGAUCACAGCGAUUGCCAAGGAGAUGCAUCUUUCAUUCGAGAGAGUGCAGCACUACCUGACCAGCUACAUCCCUGACUUAGAGGACAGCGAGACCAGGUUGACAAUAGGGCGUGUGUCGUUCAUCAAACCAAGACGAACAAGUAGGGUCGGCAGGUCAAAGAGGCCUUUCGCGACAACGGUCCAUGCCAAGAGGCUGCUUGAGCAGAUCGCUGUCGCUGUCAAACACCGCGAGCCGCUACUGCUGGUCGGCGAGACUGGUAUCGGCAAGACAACCGUGAUUCAGCAGUUGGCAGAGUCUCUCGGACACCAGCUGGUCGCAGUCAAUUUGUCGCAGCAAAGCGAGGCUGGCGAUCUUUUGGGUGGGUUCAAGCCCGUCAGCUCGCAGAGCCUUGCCAUGCCCCUGAAGGAGGAGUUCGAGGACUUGCUCGAGAAAACAGGCGUUUCUGCCGAAAAGAACAAGGAGUACUUGGAACGCGUCUCCAAGCGGUUUGCCAAGGGCCGUUGGAAAGAGGUCUCGAAGGAGUGGCGGAAGGCUCCCAAGAUGUUCGAGUCUAUCUUGGCCAAACUUGAGAGCACGCAGACUCGAAAAGAAGACGCGGGUGGGCAGCCCACGAAACGCCGGAAGACCGAGUCGACGAAGCUACAGCAUCUGCACGACCUCAAGCCACGCUGGGAGAUGUUCUCGCAGAGUCUUGACCAGUUCGACAGACAGAUUGCGAGCGGGUCCGCUGGUUUCGCCUUUGCCUUUGUCGAGGGCAAGAUCGUCAAGGCCGCCAGAAACGGCGACUGGGUGCUUCUCGACGAAAUCAACCUGGCUUCUCCUGACACCCUCGAGAGCAUAGCUGGGCUGUUUCAAGCCACACCUUCCCUCCUCCUUUCUGAGACAGGAGAGAUUGAGAGAAUACAGGCACACCCCAAUUUUCGGGUAUUCGGCGCCAUGAACCCGGCUACAGACGUCGGCAAACGUGAUCUUCCACUCGGGCUGAGGUCUCGAUUCACUGAGAUUUAUGUCGCGAGUCCGGAUCGAGACAAGAAAGACCUCCUUACCAUCAUCAAGACAUAUCUGAAAGGAAACAGCAGCAGCAUCGAUCGUCUGGCCGACGAUGUUGCUGAUCUAUACCUAGAGAUCAAGAAGCGAGCAGAGCUCAAGACGUUGGUUGACCAGGCAAACGAAGUGCCCCAUUUCAGUCUUCGCACCCUGACCCGAGUGUUGACGUAUGCCAACGACGUCGCUCCUUUCUACGGUCUCGAACGGGCUCUCUACGAAGGAUUCUGCAUGUGUUUUACCACACUACUCAGCGAGGAGUCAGAGCGGACUGUUUUGCCCCUGAUUCACCAGCAUCUGCUGAAGCGGUCCAAUAUCCUGACCCAGCCCCCAAAGAAGCCCAUUGACGGGAAGAACUACGUCUCGUUCAAGAACAGAAACAAGGACCACCAGUACUGGUUGCUCCAAGGAAAUGAGAUGCCGAAGGAGCGGGACGACUACAUCAUCACACCAUAUGUGGAAAGGAAUCUUCUCAACUUGGUCCGCGCAACAUCCACCCGCAGAUACCCAAUCCUCAUCCAGGGGCCAACCUCGGCCGGCAAGACGAGCAUGAUCGAGUACCUGGCCAACUACACUGGCAACAAGUUCGUCCGAAUCAACAACCACGAGCACACCGAUCUUCAAGAAUACCUGGGGACAUAUGUCUCGGACUCUGAAGGAAAACUCAAGUUCCAGGAGGGCGUCUUGGUCCAGGCAAUGAGGGAAGGUUCCUGGAUCGUGCUGGAUGAACUGAACCUGGCGCCUACGGACGUUUUGGAAGCUCUCAAUCGCCUCCUUGACGAUAACCGGGAGCUUCUGAUUCCCGAAACACAGGAGAUUGUGCGGCCGGCCGAGAAUUUCUGUCUGUUCGCUACACAGAAUCCUCCAGGGUUGUAUGGAGGCAGAAAGAUUUUGUCUCGCGCCUUCCGCAACAGAUUCCUCGAGCUGCACUUCGACGAUAUCCCCGAGAGCGAGCUCGAAACGAUUCUGCAGAAGCGCAGCCGCAACACUGCGCCCUCCGACUGCCGCCGCAUCGUGGCUGUAUACAAGCAGCUCACCCGCCUACGCCAGGAGAGCCGCGUGUUUGAGCAGAAGAACAGCUUUGCCACGCUCAGAGACCUGUUCCGCUGGGCAUUGCGCGAGGCAGACACGCGUCAAGAGAUCGCAGAGCACGGGUUCAUGCUGCUCGCCGAGCGUGUCCGCAAGCCGGAGGAGCGCGAUGAGGUCAAGAAGGUGAUUGAGGAGGUUUUCAAGGCCACGAUCGAUUCCGAGCGUUUGUACGACUUGGAGCGUGCUCCUGAACUUAGCAACGUCCGGGCGAGAAACAGUCAGGGCGUCAUCUGGACAAGGGCUAUGCGGCGGCUGUACGUCUUGGUGAAACGGGCCAUUAAGAACAAUGAGCCCGUGUUGCUUGUCGGCGAGACAGGGUGUGGCAAAACUACGGUCUGCCAAUUACUGGCUGAGUUUGAGAAGAAGGACCUGCAUAUUGUCAACGCCCAUCAAAACACCGAGACGGGAGAUCUCAUCGGUUCGCAGCGGCCGGUGAGAAACCGCGGGGCUAUCGUGGACGCGUUGUUCCGGGAUCUUGAGGAGGCUGCUGUGAUUCUGGGGAGAGGCAAGGACUCGCUGGAGGGUUUGCAGGAGUGGUACCGCUCCCUGACUCCCGAAGUUCUGGCCAAGCUACCAGACAGUUUGAAGGCGAAAAUCCACGCCGGCACGACCAGAAGCAAGGCAUUGUUCGAGUGGAGUGACGGUAGUCUCGUCCAAGCCAUGAAAGAAGGCAGUUACUUUCUCCUUGAUGAAAUAUCUCUUGCGGACGACUCUGUCCUGGAGCGUCUCAACUCGGUCCUUGAGCCACACCGCAGCCUGCUGCUCGCCGAAAAGGGUGUCACUGACUCCUUCGUCCAAGCGACCGAGGGCUUCCAAUUCUUCGCCACCAUGAAUCCUGGUGGUGACUUCGGCAAGAAGGAGCUUUCUCCAGCUCUGCGUAACCGUUUCACUGAAGUCUGGGUGCCGGCGUUCUCGGAAGUCGAUGAUGUCCACGACAUUGUCGUCUCCAAGCUCGACAGCAGAUUCAAGCCGCGCGUCGGCAACAAGAAGCAAGCGAAAUCCAUCUCUCGCAUCAUCGUUGAAUUCGCCUCAUGGUUUGGCAAGACGUUUCGUCCAUCGUCGGCCACGGCCUUUUCAGUUCGAGAUAUCCUCGCCUGGGUCGAGUUCAUCAACACGAGCCGUUUCCCGUCUGCCGAACUCGCCCUCCUCCACGGCGCCGCAAUGGUCUUCAUCGACACCAUCGGCGCCAACCCCUCGGCCCUCGUGGCAGUCGACCCGCGCGAAAUGGCUUCUCAGCGGCAGAUGUGCCUCGACAAGCUGAGCUCCCUCUGCGGAGUCGACCUCGCGCAGCAUUAUUUCCAGGAGCCGCAGGUCGCAAUCGACGAGAAUCUGCUCACCAUCGGUGACUUCAGCAUCGACCGGCCGAUGGCAGGCGGCAGCAUUGAUGCGGGUCAUGAGUUCAGCGUUCCAACUACGAAAAUGAAUGCCAUGCGCGUCAUCAGGGCGCUGCAGGGGACGAGCAAGCCGAUCCUGCUGGAGGGUAACCCGGGCGUGGGCAAGACAACGCUGAUUACUGCGCUGGCAAGGGCCUGCAGGCGGCCGCUGACGAGGAUCAAUUUGUCGGAUCAGACGGAUCUGAUGGAUCUGUUUGGUACCGACGUGCCGGUUGAGGGGGCCGAGGCAGGUAACUUUGUGUGGCAGAAUGCACCGUUUCUGGAGGCGAUGCAGAAGGGCGAGUGGGUGUUGCUUGAUGAAAUGAAUUUGGCUUCUCAAACGGUCCUUGAAGGUCUGAAUGCCUGUCUCGACCAUCGUGGAGAGGUUUACAUUGCAGAGCUUGACCAAGUUUUCAAGCGGCAUCCCGACUUCAAGCUGUUUGCUGCCCAGAACCCUCAUCACCAGGGCGGUGGCCGGAAGGGAUUGCCCAGCUCCUUCGUCAACCGCUUUAUUGUUGUCUACUCGGAUGUCUUCACCAAGCAGGAUUUACUUCACAUCACCGCCAAGAAGUUUGACCAGAUUGGAGCCAAAACUCAGCAGCAGCUCAUUGAGUUCAUGUCCAGGCUUGAUGACGAGGUUGUCGGCCGGAGAUCAUUCGGUGCGUUGGGGUCGCCUUGGGAGUUUAACCUCCGAGAUACCCUUCGAUGGGGCGAUCUCUUGACUUCGCAGAACGCUCUCUUGGCUGGCCGGAAGCCGGAUGACUACCUGGACGUCAUUAUUCGACAGCGCUUCAGGACGGAGCAGGAUCGACAGGAGGUGAACAAACUCUUCGCUGAGAUCUUUGAGCGAGCGCCAGAACAACACGGUCUUUACCACGACAUCAACCCCCAUUUUGGGCAGGUCGGGUUAGCAAUGAUCAAGAGGAACGCACUCUCCCAGCCAACCCCGUUCCCCGCCAUCGACCCGGUGCCGCGACUCAAGGAGAUCGAAUCGAUCAUGAUUGCCAUUGAGCAGGACCUGCCGUGUAUCCUGGUUGGUCCCUCCGGCAGCGGCAAGUCGGCUCUUCUUGCGCAUGUUGCUGCCCUUGCCGGCAAGUCGCUCGUCAUUUUCCCUCUUAAUGCCGACGUGGACGCCAUGGAUCUCAUUGGCGGCUUCGAGCAGGCAGAUCCUCACCGGGAGGUUGAGGCUUGCCUGUCGAAACUGCAACGGACGCUGCAGGAUCAAAUUCUGCGCUCCCUUCCUACCGCUGUCCCAAACGCUGUGGUAGACCUGAUGGCUGCUCUGAACUACUUGACAGGAGAGACCCAUCAAUACGAGAGCAUCCUGCCGCUUCUCGAGGCUUUGCGGGACGACACGUCCAUGCCAGAAGACCUUGCCACCCGGCUCUCUGAGGCUUCUGAGGUCCUGCACAAGCCGCUCACAUUGGAGAACCCACGCUUUGAAUGGCUCGACGGUGCCAUCGUCCGUGCAGUGGAAACUGGGGCCUGGCUGGUACUGGACAACGCCAACCUGUGCAGCGCAUCCGUGCUUGACAGACUCAACUCGCUUCUUGAGCGGCCCAACGGCAUCCUGAGUAUCAACGAACACAGUGGACCAGGGGGUGAGCCAAGGAUUAUCAAGCCGCAUCCAGAUUUCAGAAUCUUCUUGACUGUAGAUCCGCGGUAUGGCGAACUCUCGCGGGCUAUGAGGAAUCGUUCUGUCGAGAUAUACCUCGAUGCCUUACCCGUAGGUACGGCGCCUGUGGAACGGAUUGCCCCCGUCGAUGGAGCCCUGCAGAGGUUUCACACGGCAGCUAGGCUUCUGGAGCAGCAAGCAACUGAAGGACAGCUUGAACGGCUGGCUUUUGACGUUCUGUCCCUUCGUGAUAGCUCCAAACUGGAUGCUUACCUUCAAGCUACCCGCGAGGGACUGGCUAAUCCGUCGCCAUCACUCAUCCGCUUGCCUGCCGCGAUCCAACACCUGGAUCAAAUGCUGUCCUAUAUCCAGUCACAAGACGCCGAACCCCUCAGACAGACGCUUGCCAAUAUCUACGCUUUGUCUCCUGACAGUAUGCUUAUGCCACUGCACCCUCUGCUCAAUUCACUUAUGAUACCCCUUCUGGAACAGGGCCGCGAGGAGUUGGCCUACUGGCUGGCCAGCUGCUACGAGUUUUACCUCGCCAUCCAGAAUUCGGAAACAGCCAUGGAAGCUCAACUCGGCAAAGUCAAUGUCAGCAAACCCUCCUCGCUGAAUCGGCUUCAACGAUCCUAUGUUGCGGACAAGAUAGCCUCGCUCUCCAGGGAUUCGACUGUCCAUUCUGUCCGGUUCCUCUCUGCCGUGCUCAGAACAGUCAAAGCGUUCCUCCGUGAACAGGCAGACAAGCCUGGCGCCUGGAAGCAGCGCCGCUCGGUGUUGAGACGGCUGAUGUUGUUUUGGAAGCGGACUUUCGAGUCGUUGGUUACUGCUUCCUUUGAGGAAGCCCGCUUCCAGGCACACGUGACUCUGGGGUCGAACUUGCUGCAGCAUAGCAUGUCUACUUUGCAGGAACCGGGUGACCACAAGCUGCUCUCUUCACUCCUUGCGCUCCUCGAGCGCGAUUAUGUUGUUGGGUUCAAGCUCUCGAGUGGCCUCAGCAUGGAGGAUCUCUGGCGCCGCCUGCGUCCGGACCCGAUUUCUGAUGCACAAACACUGGAGCAAGUCAUGGAACUGGAGCGUCUUGCCGACCGCUUCGAUUCUCUGCGUUGGCGCGUCGACGUCAACAUCUCUACCUUGCGCACCAUCCAGGAUUCCAUGACGCGGGUGUAUGUGGUAGUCCGUACCGGCAAGGGAGAUGCCGUCAGUCUCGUCAAGGAUCUCCAAUCUGAGAUCACCACCCUCGAGUCCACGAUCGGGGAGCACGCUAUCACCCACAAGCCUUUCUUCGCCUCGAGCUUCGAAGGUAUCAGACAAGCACUCGUCCUGCAUCAAGUCUCCCAGGACGCGCCCAUGCAAUCCGGCUACUCGAAUAUGGACGUCCUCGCAAGCAUCCCAACCGCUAGCCUGAUGCGUCUGCAAUGUCUCAGAGAGACUGCUCUCCAAGCGGUGGAUUACAUGCUUGUCCAGGAGGGCAGUGAAAUACGCCCCUGGGAGGGCGCUCUGUCCAAGUCACUGCUGCUCAGGUAUGAUGCGGCAUCCUCAGCGAGCCUGAACGAGUUCCGCUCGCUUGAGAUCGAGAUGCCUAUCAUGGGUAAGGCGCUCGCAAUUGCGACGGAUGCCCUCUCGACGGAUCCGCUUGUUAAAGCGGAACGGUUGCUACUCAAGCUGAUGGAGGACGUCGUGGCGGCACAUGAUGAGUGUUUCAGGGGGCAGGUGACCGCUGUGUAUCAACGUCUUUUGGCUGGAUUGAUCCCGCCUGAUGCCGAGCUUGGAGCGUUGCUUGAGCAAGUCAGCUUGCUUGAUGUUCCACAAGACCGCUUCCCCCAACACCUGGCUGCCGUCUUUGAGAGACACUUUACUAAGGCCUUGUCAGCCCUGGCAGCAUCGGCCAAAGGCUUCCAGCCGCGUUCUGCUUCGACUUCCAUCGCCUGGGUCCGCUUCGCCCUCGGUUGCGUCGAUCUGUUUGUGCCAGACAAGAUCUUUGACCCCCACCACCGCGCACAGGUCGAAGCGGAGGAGCACCAGGAGAUGUACCAAAGCCUGCAGGCCCAAAUCGCUGCGCUUGAGGCGUUUGAACUCGCCUUCACCGGCCAACGCACAAGUAUCCGUUCUCAGCUCCUGACUGAAGAGGCGGAAGGAUUGGGUGAACCUCCGGCGGUUCAGCAAAUCUAUCGGCCUGGGGGCGGCGAACUUCGCAGCCUGCAGGGGGAGUUCAACAAUGUUUUGAACGCGCUGAUCGCGAAUGACGUCGCGGCUAUGCAUCUGCGCUCGGUUAUCUCGUCUUCUACUGACGUUGCCGAGGAAUUGGCGCUUGUCGAGCAGAAUGUGUCGUUACUGAUUGCUCGAUUAACGACCAGAUUUGGCGCCUACCAGGAUUUGACGAUGCCGCUGGUCAGCUUCCUCCGCUGUGUCAAGAUGGGAUUGUCCCUUGGCAGGGGUGUCGGAUCAAACAUUAGAGUUGAGGAGGGCGUCUCGCAGGCCCUUGUUGCCGUCACGCCGUUCCUCAGUGGAACGAUUUGGAAGGUGGAUACUGCAUCUUUACCUAUUCGCACGCUCGAGUUCCUCUCCUUCGUCCAGACGGUUGCUGCGGUUGAGGGCCUUGACAAUCUUCCUGUUGCCCUCCGGCGAUCAGUUUACGAAUCGUUCGCCGCCUUCCACAAUGAGUGGACCAAGAAGCUUGAGGCAGACCGCAAGAUUGAAGAGGCCAAGACCAGCUUGUUCCGUUUCAAGGGCAGCCUGGAAGAUCAAGAAGAGUAUGACCAGGAGGAAUUCGACCAGCUCUUCCCCGAUCACACCCUCGACGAAGAGGGCGUGCCGAAGAACAAAAAGUCACGACGUGGCGGCCGCGAGCUCUCGGUCAUGUUGGCCGAGGCACAUGAGAAGAUUUUCCUGUCGGCGCACGAAGCGCAGCAGAGCAUCAAGGGUCUUUGCACGCAGGUCGCGCGCCGGGUGGCCCGCGAGAAGCGUGACACUGCUGUUGCUGAACCUGAGCUAGACAGCAUCCUCCUCCCCGCGACGAUUCUCAUCUUUGACGAGCAAGUCAAGGCUUUCAGCUCGAAGGUCGACACAUCCGACUACAACUUCUACACGGACGCCAACCUCGCCGAGGUCCGCAAGAUUCUUGGGCUGGUCAACUCCAUCAAGAAGCGUUUCCUUGAGCUGCAAGCAAUCGAUGAAAUCGGGCAUCACCAGACCCUGGCCGACGUGGUCAUGGCAUGUGACAAGGUGUUGGAGAUGGCGAUUGACGAUCCUCUCGCCAAGAUCAUCAGCGCCAUUGAGCGGCUGCACGCGCACGUCUAUGAGUGGCAUGAAGGCGGCUGGGCCACCAAGGCGCACAAGGCCGAGGCGCUGUACGAGAAGCUCAGAGAUACCAUCUGUGACUGGCGCCGCCUGGAGCUGUCGAGCUGGUCGCGCUUGCUCGACGCCGAGAUUAAGAAGUCCUACGAGGAUGCCAAGUCGUGGUGGUUUAUCGCCUACGGGGCAGUGAUUCUCGAGCCGUGCUCAAUCCUGCAGCAGGGUCUGGACGUCAAGGACCAUGCGGUCAAGCUCUUGGGGAUACUCGAGUCGUACUUUACGGGCGCGAGUGUGGGGCAGUUUGGCGCCCGUCUGGAUCUUCUCAGGCAGCUCAAGAACCAGCUGGAUCUCCUUAUGCUGGAUGAGCCUGCUCUUGGCUUGGUUCGUGAUGCGGUUCAAAACUUCAUCACCUUUUACAGCCGGUACGAGCGCAAGGUCAGCGAGAUAAUUAACGCUGGGAGGGCGCCGUUGGAUAGAAGCAUGAAGGAUGUCUUGCUGAUGUCGAAGUGGAGAGACAAGAACAUUGAUGCGCUCAGGGAGAGCGCGCGAAAAUCUCAUCAGAAGCUCUUCAAGCUUGUGCGCAAGUUCCGUGCCGUGCUGGAGCAGCCGGUCAAGACCAUCACGGAUGAAGGGAUCCCGGAAGAGGAUCACAGCAACACUGUUUCUGAAGGAGCUGUGAAGUUUGCCGAGGCUCAAGCUGACCAUCAGGCGAUUGCCCUAUGUCAGGAAAUCCUCCCGAGCAUCGCAAGUCAUCCGCACUGGGCGAGGAUGUCCAACCUACCCGCAGUCCUAAGGGCGAUGUCGAAGCACGGGUCUCUGCCUGCUGCCACAAUCAACGCCGCGGAGACACUCGAUGGCUACAUCACCGACCUCGCAUCGUCCAUCUCCGCCCUGAGGAAAGAGACACCCGAUACACUGACCGACGAAAACAAAGAACUCGUCCGCCACCUCAAGACUCGCAAGGUCACAUUGUACAGCGACACCCUCAAGACGCUCCGCGCCAUGGGCUUCAGCCGCAAUCUGGGCACCAACCUCCUCGACAAACAAAGCUCGACCGCCGCGGUUCUUGUCAACUCUGGGUCGGUGCCUCACCUCGAUGGUGCCACGGUGAGCGCGAUCGAGUACUUCUACCACAAGACGCUUGACCUGGCCCCGCGGUUCCGUGGCGCCGCGUUCGAGCACUCCGAGGAUCUGAACCGCGAGGUGGCGCAUCGCAGUAUCGGCUACUUGGAGGGCGUGCUGCAUGUCAUGUUCCGCCAGCGGCAAUUCUUGGCCAGAGUUGCCUGGGAUGAGCGCAAUCUUCAUGGAGCUGUCGAGACUGUCAAAGACCUUUCCACGAGAGGAGACGAGAGCUUCAAACCGCGGGCUUGGUUGACAAACCAUGCGCAGGUGGUCCGCUGGCUUGUGCAGAUACUGAAGCUUGCAGUUCAUCUCGUCGAAGUCCAUGGCAAGCUUGGUGGUGCGGGAAAUGCUGAGGUUCAUGGCAGGCUUGAGGGUUGGGUUGAGAUCUUCGUGGAGCUGGACGCCGCGCACCAAAGCCUGCCUCGCCUUCCUGAUGGUUUCAGCUCGGCCGCCGAAGAGAAGCUUCAAGGGAACGUCGAGAGGGAACUUGACGUUCUCCGGGCCGAUCUAGUUGAAAUUGGCCAAGCAAGGCCCGACCUGGCGUUCAUUGUGCAGCAAGUCCAGCUCUGGACCAGCUUACAAGCGACAGAGGCCAUCGACGGCGUCUCCAACGACGACAUCAACGACUUUACCGCUGCAGCGUUGACGCUGUCGAGCAAGAUCCUUGUGGCGAUGCAAAACUUUCAGAAGGGUACUCAGUCCCUGCCCUCGACGACAGAAGAUGCCGGCUGGUUUCUUAGCUACACCGACAACUUUCAGAAGUCUAUCGACGCCCUCCGGAUGCCAAGGAUCACCUCGGAAGUUGAAUCCCUCGUUCACCAACUCAAAGCAUUGCCCUCCACACAAACAGCCACUAUAUCCGCUCUCCUCCGGCUCAUCCACCCGGUCCUGUCGCAAUUCUCCUCCCUCUGCACGCAGAACCUCACCAAAUUCUCCUCCCUGCACCGCGCAACAUGCCGUCUAGGCUAUCACCUCGCCUCCUCCUUCGUACAGAUCUCCUCGCAGGGCUUCUGCACGCCGCAGGAAAAGAGCGACGAGAAAGUGGGCGAGUCCGGCAACGUCGAGAGCGGAACCGGCCUCGGCGAGGGCGAGGGCGCGGAGGACAUCAGCAAAGACAUCAAGGCCGACGAGGACCUGUCGGAACUCGCGCAAGACCCGAACAACAAGACGCAGGGUGAGAUUGAGGAGAACAAAGAUGCCGUUGAUAUGGGCGAGGACGAGCUUGAGGGGGAGUUGGGAAGUGUUGCUGGGGAGGAUGAAGAGGAGGAUAAGAAGGAUGGGGAUAAAGAUGGGGAGGAGAAGGACGAGGAGGAUGAGAUGGAGGAGCAGGCGGGGAAUGUGGAUGAUUUGGACCCGACGGCGGUGGAUGAGAAGAUGUGGGAUGGAAGCGGUGAGGACGAGGCCGAGAAGGACCAGUUGGCGGAUCAGGAGAAGGGAAAGAAGGAGGAUGAUCAAAGUGCAGCUGCUGAGGGCCAGAAGAAGGAGCAGCCGAAGGGGGAUGAGCAGGAUGAGGGGAAUGCGCCGCCUGAUGAGGUUGGGGAGGAGCAGGGGGAUGAAGAUGCGGAGCUGGAGCCGGGACAAGAAGAGGAGGGUAUGCCGCAGGAGGAGCUGAAUCGGCAGGAUCAAAAUGUCGAGGAGAACGAGACGCUGGCAUUGCCCGAGGAUAUGGAUAUUGAGAUAAAUGAUGGGGAGGAAGAGAGCGGGGAUGAGGAUGAUCUGGAUGGGUUGUCAGAUGAGGAGAAGCCGGAUGAGAAACAGUUAGAGUCGCAGGAUAUGUCUCAGGAUGGUGAGGAGGAAGAAAAGGGUGAAGAGGAGCACCAAAAGGACAAGAACAUUGCAGAGGAAGAAGCGGAAGAGGAGCAAGAAAUUGACGCAGCUGGGGACAGAGAAGAGGAGAUGGACGUGGACAUGCAAGAAGAAGACCAAGGAGAAGAGGGUCAAGAGGAAAAGGACGAGAAGAAGCCGCCGCUGCCGACCGACGGGACAGGCGCUAACCAGGACGAUGUGGCACCCAGCGAUGUUCAGAACAGGGGCGGCCAAGCCGAAGAUCCCAACAUGCGGGACGAAGAAGUCGACAACAAGGCUGGUCAAAGGGAGCAAGGCGCGCUUGGCAAGCAAUCAGCCGACGAGGACAAGGCUCCUGGCAACAAGGGCGCCCUCUUGAGCAUGGAUCAAGUACUAGGUCCGUCUGAUGAUGCCGAAGACGCCGACUCUAAGGAUGCACAGCCAUUCAAGAAGCUUGGCGACGCAUUGGAGCGUUGGUAUCGUAACCAGCGGGAAAUCCAGACUGCCUCGGAGAGCCAAGACAAGACGGAGAAGUCAGCUGAGGAUAUGGCGCGUGCCGAGUUUCAACAUCUCCAGGAUGAGACUGCCGAGGCGGAUACCCAAGCCUUGGGAACUGCCACGAACGAAGAAGCCCGUCCAAUGGACGACGCCAUGGCGGUGGACACCGAGAUGGACGAAGGCAACAAUCAGAUCUUGCCCAAGGAUGAACAAGAAGAGGAAGCUGAGAAAGACGUGGAGAUGGAGGACGUCGAGCCAGCUGAGCUUCAAGAUGCCUCCAAGAAAGACCGCGAAGAUGGCCGUUCUGGGGUGGCUACGCGCAAGGGAGCCUACGAGACCAACGACAAGGACGGAAUGCCGCGAACCGAGGCGACAGAAGAUUCCGAUGACGAACAAAUCCAGGAGACAUCCACUCAGCUCUUGGCCACGCACAUCACCGGAGAAGACGAGAACGCCAUGCCGCUCCGUGACUACUCCGAGGCGCUCGAAAUGUGGUCAGCCUUCCAAGCCAAGACUCAGGCUCUCUCACAAUCCCUCUCGUCUCAGCUACGCCUUAUCCUUACGCCAACCCAAUCUACCAAACUCUCGGGCUCUUUCCGCACCGGCAAGCGUCUCAACAUCAAAAAGAUCAUCCCCUAUAUCGCCUCCAGCUAUAAGCGCGACAAAAUCUGGAUGCGCCGCGCCAUCCCCUCCAAGCGCGCGUACCAGAUCCUCCUCUGCGUCGACGACAGCUCCUCCAUGUCGGACGACAACCGCUCCUCGUCGGGAAACCUCGCCCUCGAGUCCCUCGUCAUGGUUGCCCGGGCCUUGACCGUGCUCGAGACAGGACAGAUCGGCGUGCUGGGCUUCGGUACCGACGUCUUUGUGGCGCACGCGCUGACGGACCCGUCCUUCACGUCGCAGGACGCGGGCGCUCGCGUGCUGCAGAGGUUCACGUUCCGGCAGCAGGGCACCGACAUGGUGCGUCUGCUGCGCAAGACCAUCGACCACUUCCGCGAGGCGCGGCUCAUGCAGGCAUCGGCGCCCGGCGGCGAGGACCUGUGGCAGCUGGCGUUGAUCCUGUCGGACGGGCUCGUCCAGAGCCGGGAUCAUGCCCGGUUGCGGCCGCUGCUGCGAGAGGCUAUGGAGCAGCGCGUCAUGGUCGUAUUCAUUGUCAUGGACGAUGCGAGGGAGAACAAGAAGGGGCAUAGUGUGCUGGAGCUGAAGGAGGCGAGGUUUGGGCCCGAUGGCGUGCCGGUUAUCCACCGGUAUCUCGACUCGUUUCCGUUUCCGUACUAUUUGAUUGUCCAUCAUCUGGAGGACUUGCCUGGGGCGUUGGCGGCGUUGUUGAGGACUUGGUUUGCGGAGGUUAAUUCUUAGGGAGGUGGGUGCAUAUAGACUUGAGUUUUGUUUCUGUUCGUUUCGGCGUUGUAUCAGAUUGUAUCUGGAGUUUGACAGGAAAAGUUUGAUUCUAGUUUCAUC